GCUCCGCGCUUACUCCCGCAGGGCCAGAGAGAGGAGCAGCAGGGCAGAGCCACCAGCCGCAGCGCGCAGACACACACACACCGGACACACACACCGGACACACGCCGGACCCUCCGCAGGGGAAGCCCCGAGUCAGACCGCUCCGACUCCUCUUAAAUGGAAAGACGACACGCGCAGGGAGGCCAGCGGAGCGAAUGAGAGACACGGGACCGGAGACCGGACGGGAUAAAAGAGGAAGAAGAGGAAACGUGGAAGGACGGAAGACAAGCCCGGCCCAAACAUCCGGAAACAAGCCUGGACUCUUGCAGCUUCAGUCAUCCCGCCUCUCUUUGAUUGGCUCACGUGCACAUCCGUUUGUCUGUCAGUGAGCUCCACUCUACCCCAGAGUGUGUAGUGAUUGUGUCUGUUGCUCUGUCUGUGUCUGUGUCUGUGUCUGUGAGCAUGAAGGGUGUGUGUGUGCCGCUGCUAUGUGUGUGUGUGUCUCUGAUCCUCCACUGCACUACUUCUCAGGGUCCUCAAGAAAGUGACACUUAUAUGGAAUGCACAGAUGGGUAUCAAUGGGAUCUACAGACGGAGCAUUGCAAAGACAUAAACGAGUGUGAGACCAUCCCCGAGGCCUGUAAGGGAGAGAUGAAGUGCUUCAACCACUACGGCGGCUACCUGUGCCUCCCGCGCUCCGCCUCCGUCAUCCCCGCCCCCGACCCUCCCGGCCAACCAGACGACGUCCCAGAGCCCUACAACUCCUGCCCUCUGGGGUAUGAGUCACAGGGGGACAGAUGCGUGGACGUUGACGAGUGUGAACUCGACCAGCACAACUGCCAGCCCAGCCAGCAGUGCUUCAACAGCCAGGGAGGCUUCACCUGCCAGUGCCCGGAGGGGUAUCGCAAGAUUGGCCCAGAGUGCAUCGACAUUGAUGAGUGCAGGUACAGGUACUGCCAGCAUCGCUGUGUCAAUGUCCCCGGCUCCUUCUCCUGCCAGUGUGAACCCGGGUUCCAGUUGGCCGGGAACAAUCGCUCCUGCAUCGAUGUGAAUGAAUGUGAAAUGGGCGCCCCCUGUCAGCAGAAAUGCACGAAUACCUACGGCACCUUCCUGUGUCGCUGCGAGCAGGGCUACGAGCUGGGGGCAGACGGCUUCACAUGCAGAGAUAUCGACGAGUGUGGCUUCUCCAGCUUCCUGUGCCAGUUCCAGUGUGUGAACAAGCCGGGGAAGUUCUCCUGCGUGUGCCCAGAGGGGUACCAGCUGCAGAGGUCACGCCUGUGCCAAGAUGUGAAUGAGUGUGAGACAGGCGCGCACAAGUGCACGGAGGGGCAAACCUGCGUGAACACAAACGGAGGACAUCGCUGUGUCGACAACAACCGCUGCCAAGCUCCGUACACGCAGGUGUCCAACAACCGGUGUGUCUGUCCGGUCACGAAGCCUGCCUGCCGGGACCUGCCCCUGUCCAUCGUCCACCGCUACAUGAGCAUGACCUCCAACCGCACGGCCCUCUCCGACAUCUUCCAGAUCCAGACCACCAGCGUCUACCCCGGGGCCCACAACGCCUUCCGCAUCCGAUCCGGGGACGACAACAACCAGUUCUACAUCCGGCAAAUAAACAACAUCAGCGCCAUGCUGGUCCUAGCCCAGCCUGUGACUGGACCCAAAGAGUACGUCUUAGACCUGGAGAUGGUGUCCAUCAACCCCAUCUUAAAAUUCCAGUCCAGCUCCGUCCUACGCCUCUCCAUCUAUGUGGGACAGUACACAUUCUAGUGCCCACGAGGAUGCCAUCGCAAGAACCAGAGGGGAGAAAGGGAGAGAGAGAAAGAGAAUGAGAGCGAGAGAGAGAGAGAGAGAGGAAGGAGAGAGGGAUAGAGAGAGCCAAAGCAAAGUAAGGCUCUUAAAAAUCAGCCUCACUUUAGAAGAGAGAAAGAGUGGGAGAUGGAAAGAGUAAUAAACACACAUUCACAGACCUAUCGGGAUAUUCUGUGUGACCAAUGGGCCAAAACAUUACUGACAGGGUCAAACGAGGGCUAGUUCCAGGUACACCUCAGAAAGUCAUGAACAGAAAUUGUAUAAAUUCACAUUAAAUAUGAAUGGUGUGGCACUGGAGGGGAAAGUAUUAAACAAAGAAAAGUGGCUGUCCUCUUUGCAAACAUUAGCUGGCCUCUGAUUGGUUUGGGUGUCCAGUAUCAUAUCCCUGAGGUAACAUUAGGCUGGACACAUUAUGUGCUGUGACACCUUGAACUCUAUUUUAAUAGUCUCUCCCAGAAGUGAGUCCAUCCACUCACCCAUUUAAGUACAUCUUGGUCCCUUUUAAAAAAAAUUAACCUACCUGCUGCUCAUCCCUCAUCUCCCUCCGACCUCUUUGUCCGAAACGGAGGCUGCUCUCAAUGCUGCUCCAUCACACUGAUCUCUGAUCAGUGGCCAGCUGCUGAUCCUCCUCUGGCCAUCGCUGUUACAAACGUACCCUUUUCCUUUUCCGUAACACACAAAGCCUCCAAAGAUCCAUUUUAUACCCCCCCCCCCCCCAUCCUGCAUUCUGCAAGGUACGACUGGAAACUGGGCUGUAAUGGGCACUGGGCUGAAAAGCCUUCACACUGUAAACUCCCUGCUUUCCUUGCCCCUAAGGGAGAAACACAAUGACAGCAAUCAGCAUGCAUAUGAGCAUAUCAUGGUCCUGCCAGGGGGAAGCACUGCUAUGACACACAGCAUGCCACAGUCUGUAUUCCCAAAGAUAAGAAUCAUUCCCAUGUACGUUUAGUAUUCACACACACACACACACACACACACACACUGCCCCCUCUGCACUCCCCUGUUCCCUGUUCCCAUCCUAAACCCUGCUCAUUCAAACUCUGCUAUUUUUAGUUUUGAUGAAGAAAAUGGUGUACUUUUUGUUCAGGAAAUACUACUAAGAUAAAAUUAAAUAUU